GGCCAACUGAAUUGAGGCCUGCUUGGUCGAGGCCGGCGAAACCAGUAGCCUUUGACUGUCAGCGCCGGCUGCUUGGUGAUGGGGAGAGGAAUGCUCUAGAGGGGCGCAGGGGAAGAUGGAGCGAGUAGAAGGACGGGAGUCAUUGUCUUUGCAUGAUAGUGUAUGUCAUAGUGUAUGCGGGCGAGCAGAUAACAACAAUGGACUGAGUUCCAAAAGGGGAGAUAUUUCUCGUGUUUCUCAGAGUCGCAACAGCUCUGGAUCACUUGGUACUCGAUUUGUCCCACAGGAGAUGGGGGCCCGUUGUGUGCUGCCUUCUAGAAGACAAACAACCAGCAGUGGUAGGGGAACCAUGGGCAGAUCGAGUUGAUCUCUGGCCUGGUCAUGGAAGAGCAACAGCUUUGCACGGCCAGCAGAUAGAAAAUCCAUCACUCGGGAGAGCAAUGUGCCAAGCCCGGUCCGAACAGGGCGAGACGGGGCCGGACCCGGGCCUGUGAAGCUCACCCGAAACAAGAGAGCGAUCAACAGACCUGGCCAGGUCAAGCAUUAUGGGAAAUCGUCUCAAGUAUUCGCAACAUGUUUUUCCAGGUCGCCGGUGUCGCCCUCGCACUCGACGGCUCCCGUUCCUUUUCUACCAGCUCUCCCAGAGCCCCAAGGAAUCGAAACCCUUUCCUCCGACAUCAUCAAACAGUUCAUGCCAGCAGACAACACACCUGACUCUCCUCAACUUCCUCCUUAGUCUCCCUCCGCCGUCUUCCACUUGGAAGAAAACCAGAGGUCAAUCAUCACAUAACCAUCUCGCGACAAUGGGUGUCCCCGUCGUUUUGGCAACGGUUGCUGCGUGCGGUAGUAUCGUGACGUCGAUCAAGUCGAGCUGGGAGCUCCGGCGCAUGGUCAAGAGAAAGAAGGAGCAGCAUGAAGCUGAUGAUGAGGCGCCCUAUGUCUUUCGCAAGUUGCGCCAGGCGUACUAUGAUGGGCUUAUGACGGUGCCCGAGUACGAGCAAUGGUACGAGAAGUUCCUCGUGGCCAAGGUCGAAAAGGACUUGGCCGGCCUUCGCCGUAUCCGCGCGCAUCUCCGCAUCAUUGAGAACGGAGCGCCCAUCACAGGCAAUCGUCGAUCGCGGUCGGUCGAACCAAGCAGGCGUCGGCAGUCUGUGACAUUUGCGCCGACUCCCCAGCAUCCGGCCUAUGUCGACUAUCGACAGCCCAACCGUGGAAACAUUGAGUACUAUGCGGACCCACGCGCCAGGGUUGGUGCGCACCCUGAUGAGUUUGUUCGACUGGAGCGGCAGUCGACGUGCAGUCGGGCUUCGUCGUCGGACGCGCAGUCACGUGUCAGUCGGAGCUCAUCGGCGCGGCAUGAGUCUAGGGGUCGCUCGAGGAGGAGGUAUGAUAGCAGUGAUUCGGAUAGUGACGACUACUACUAUGAGAAGAGGAGCUAUCGCGGUAGGAGCUCAAAUCGGUAGUCGCGCAUUUUGUCUUUUGCGACUGAUGUCGAGAGGGGCGGUUCUUUUCAGGCGUUUGCGAGUAGUGGCAGGACUGGGUUAGGCUUAUGAUGAAUUUUCCUUUGUACUAGCAUAGCGUAAUGAACAAGAGCAGUGCAUUUCCAUUUGUCGCGUUACUCCUCGGUUGUGAGGAAGGAGCGAACUGUAUGGACGCAGAGUUGUAGUUGGAAUCGUCGAG